AUGCAUAUGCUAGAUUCCCGUAUUGAACAAAUACGCAAGGAUACUCAACAGCUAAGCGAGGAUACUCAACAGCUAAGCGAGGAUACUGACUCGCUUAGAGCCUGGAUGUCCGAACUUCACCACGCAUCUGAUCAGUUCUGGCAACGGACGAGCAGUCAAUUCGACAGUGAUGUCGCCGAGAUGAGAGACAGAUUCCUCUCCACGUUCCGAAGAGAAUUUAUGGGCGAUCAGACGGUGGAUAAUCAACGACUCAUUAAUUCAGGAUAUAUUAUGGCCCUUGGAGGUAAUUUCAGAGUGGAUGCCUUCCUAUACCAGGACGAUUCCCGGUAUGUCGAUGGAGAUGGAAAGGUACACCAACCACGCACUGACCGGGAUACCUUUCGGCUUCUCUAUGGGGUUGAUCCUAGCAUUGCUGAGAAGAUCAUUCUGGUACUACAAAGACAUGCCGAAGUCAAAGCCUCUGGCAAGCGUGGAGGAAUCGACGUGUUCGAGGAACGAUUUAAGACAUUCUUACGUGUCUUGGAGUCAGCUAAAUACGCUGGGGAUUAUUUGGAUCCAAUGCGGGAAGAGGAUCAGCUUGGAGAACUUCUAUCAGCGUACAGAGAGUUCUGGAAUGCUAACAAGUUGAUGCGAUAA